UUCCCCUGAACGCACCGUCAAGGUACAUUUCUCCUGAACGCACCGUCAAAGUACGUUUCCCCUAACUUCCCUUAAACGCACCAUCUAGGUACACUUCCCAUAAACGCACCGUCAACGUAUGCUUCCCCUUAAACCUACCUGUCUGUUUAACUCACCUGUCCAUAAAGGUGUGUUCAGGUGAGGAGGUAGUGUCUGUAAAGGUGUGUUCAGGUGAGGAGGUAGUGUCUGUAAAGGUGUGUUCAGGUGAGGAGGUAGUGUCUGUAAAGGUGUGUUCAGGUGAGGAGUUGAUGUCUGUAAAGGUGUGUUCAGGUGAGGAGUUGGUGUCUGUAAAGGUGUGUUCAGGUGAGGAGGUAGUGUCUGUAAAGGUGUGUUCAGGUGAUGAGUUGAUGUCUUUAAAGGUGUGCUCAGGUGAGGAGUUGGUGUCUGUAAAGGUGUGUUCAGGUGAGGAGGUAGUGUCUGUAAAGGUGUGUUCAGGUGAGGAGGUAGUGUCUGUAAAGGUGUGUUCAGGUGAGGAGUUGGUGUCUGUAAAGGUGUGUACAGGUGAGGAGUUGGUGUCUGUAAAGGUGUGUUCAGGUGAGGAGUUGGUGUCUGUAAAGGUGUGUUCAGGUGAGGAGUUGGUAUGCGUAAAGGUGUGUUCAGGUGAGGAGUUGGUAUGUGUAAAGGUGUGUUCAGGUGAUGAGUUGUUGUCUGUAAAGGUGUGUUCAGGUGAUGAGUUGGUGUCUGUAAAGGUGUGUUCAGGUGAUGAGUUGUUGUCUGUAAAGGUGUGUUCGGGUGAGGAGUUGGUGUCUGUAAAGGUGUGUUCAGGUGAGGAGGUAGUGUCCGUAAAGGUGUGUUCAGGUGAGGAGUUGGUGUCUGUAAAGGUGUGUUCAGGUGAAGAGGUAGUGUCCGUAAAGGUGUGUUCAGGUUAGUGCAGGUCUGUACAUCUCACAUAAAACAGAAAGAAAGCGAUUCAGACAGCAGCUCUGAUUUGUCGACAGCAGACAUCCACAGUGUCUUCAGUCAACAUUAAACAGCUUCGCUUCACUUGUGGUUACUCUAUGUGCUGAUCUGCUAUUGGCAGAUUUGGUUUAAAACGAUCUGAUUGGCUGCUGACUGUUUCUGUUUCUA